GAAACUCAAGAAGGAGAAGAACCUACAUCGUGGAAAUCGAUAAAAGAGAUAUUCACAGAACCUCAUCUUCGGAGAGCUGUUAUUCUUAGUAUCUCUGCUCUGCAGAAUACUGUAGCACUAUGGUCAAUGCUCCUAUCAUCAACAUAUUUUCUGGAACAGAUAGAUCUCGAUCAAGCUGUGGCAUCUUGGAGCAGUACAGCUAUGACUUUAGGUUAUGUACUUGGUACUAUUGUUGGAUCAACAUGGAUUGAGAGGUUGGUUUUGUGA